AUGCCAGCAGUAAAUGCUCCAGUCCCUUCAUGUGGGUGUCUAGAAGUUGUGUUUUCCUUCGACACCACAGGCUCUAUGUACACAUGGCUAGAGCAGGUCCGUGGCAGGAUCCAGGAUAUGAUACAACGUCUGCAGGCCGAUAUCCCCGGUAUCAGAAUGGCCGUGUUCGCCCACGGGGACUACUGUGACGUUGACACUUACGUCACCAAGUGGAUCGACUUCACUACAGACGUGGCCCAACUUUGUAAAUUCGUAAAGAAUGCUGAGCAGACGGAAGGGGGUGACGCCCCUGAGUGCUACGAGCUAGUACUGAAGCAAGUGAGGACAGAGCUGUCGUGGACGCCAGGCUCAAGGCGUGUCCUCGUCUUGAUUGGAGACGACAACCCGCACGAGCCAAACGAGGAUUGCAACAAAGACAAGGUCAACUGGCGAGACGAGACCAAAAAUCUGGCAGUCAAUGACGUGACGAUUUACGGCGUCCAGUGCGGUCAGUACAACACGGAGGCUUUCUACAAGACGAUCUCUAUCGCCACAAACGGUAAACACCUUCGUCUCGAUGACUUUGGGAGUAUCUUCGACACCCUGAUGGCCGUGUGUUACAGAGAGAGCCACGACACGGCCAUGUUGGUGAACUACGAAAAAGAAGUGCGAGCCCGAUAUGGCGAUGGUAAACUUGCCAUGGACAUUGACGCCAUUUUUGCUUCUCUACGUGACGAGGUCAAUGCUACUCCGACCUUGAGCGUCACAAGUCCAACACCAAAGAAACGUGCUCGCCUCACGCCAACAUCUGCUGGUCUGCUACCAAAAAUGAAGAAGGCGAAAAGUUUGAAACCUGACAAGAAAAUAAGAGCUAAAACUAAGACCGUCGACAUUGUUUCCAAAACUACCAUGCCAGCUGAACCAAAGACUCUGUUCAGCAAGAAAAAGUCAAUCAAUUCCCUGCUAAACAAAUACAAAUUAAAAAACCUCCCUCUACUAAAACGCGAAAAUGUUCCAGAAAUCAACUUUAACCUCCGAACCUUGAACUGGAGGCCUUGGUUUUUGGCCUUGAAUAGCGACGAGCCAAACAUCAAUAAAACCCUUUGGCAGAGAAGAGACAGUAAACCAGGAUACACGUUAAAGACACUACCAACAACGAAGCUCAUGCUUCCCUCUUACUGUCUGUUUGAAGUCUCCGUACAACACGGAGGAGCGAAGAGCAAAAAAUACCCCGUGUUCAGCAAGUUCUCCGGUCGUUGUUUUGAAACCGUUCACUGGGAAAAACGUCUGCUUGGAUCUCAAAGCGCACAGAUAGAAAAUGCAUUGCAAGCUGGGUGUAAAAUUUACAUCAGAUAUUGCGUCGUUGGGUCGAAUGAAAGGAAAGAAAUCGUUAAAAGUUUAAAAAGAUACGAUUAUGCUUGGGAGAAUUAUAAAAAUAUCAGAUCCGGUGCGAGAGACGUUGUUAAGGGCGGGAUCAAGAUUUCCAUGCAGUAAUUUAAAUAAAUCAGUGAAAAUAAUUGAAUACAAAACUAAAACAAUUUCCAUGAGUCAUUGAGAAUAAUUGAACAAUAAUAAUUGCUAUUUUUUAAACAAAAUAGUUUUCAUGUUGUUGUAAAAAUAAUGUAAAUAUAUUAUUUAUUUUUGUAUUUUGAUUUAUUAAAUAUUGAUGGCUUGU